GGGGCUUGGCUGCCAGCUCCGCGGCCCGGGCAAAAGGCUGGGACUUUACUCCGGGUGGCGGCGAGGACGAGUCUGUGCUCCAUCAGCUGCCGCACCCGCCGCCUCCCGCCCCCAAACCCCAUCCCCGCGGUUGAGCCACGAUGAGCGGCAGAGUCGGCGAUCUGAGCCCCAAGCAGAAGGAGGCGUUGGCCAAGUUUCGGGAGAAUGUCCAGGAUGUGCUGCCGGCCCUGCCGAAUCCAGAUGACUAUUUUCUCCUGCGUUGGCUCCGAGCGAGAAGCUUCGACCUGCAGAAGUCGGAGGCCAUGCUCCGGAAGCAUGUGGAGUUCCGAAAGCAAAAGGACAUUGACAACAUCAUUAGCUGGCAGCCUCCAGAGGUGAUCCAACAGUAUCUGUCAGGGGGUAUGUGUGGCUAUGACCUGGAUGGCUGCCCAGUCUGGUACGACAUAAUUGGACCUCUGGAUGCCAAGGGUCUGCUGUUCUCAGCCUCCAAACAGGACCUGCUCAGGACCAAGAUGCGGGAGUGUGAGCUGCUUCUGCAGGAGUGUGCCCGCCAGACCACAAAGUUGGGGAAGAAGGUGGAGACCGUCACCAUAAUUUAUGACUGUGAGGGGCUUGGCCUCAAGCAUCUCUGGAAGCCUGCUGUGGAGGCCUAUGGAGAGUUUCUCUGCAUGUUUGAGGAAAAUUAUCCCGAAACACUGAAGCGUCUUUUUGUUGUUAAAGCACCCAAACUGUUUCCUGUGGCUUAUAACCUCAUCAAACCCUUCCUGAGUGAGGACACUCGUAAGAAGAUCAUGGUCCUGGGAGCAAAUUGGAAGGAGGUUUUACUGAAACAUAUCAGCCCUGACCAGGUGCCUGUGGAGUAUGGGGGCACUAUGACUGACCCUGAUGGAAACCCCAAGUGCAAAUCCAAGAUCAACUAUGGGGGUGACAUCCCCAAGAAGUAUUAUGUGCGAGACCAGGUGAAACAGCAGUAUGAACACAGCGUGCAGAUUUCCCGUGGCUCCUCCCACCAAGUGGAGUAUGAGAUCCUCUUCCCUGGCUGUGUUCUCAGGUGGCAGUUUAUGUCAGACGGAGCGGAUGUUGGUUUUGGGAUUUUCCUGAAGACCAAGAUGGGGGAGAGGCAGCGGGCAGGGGAGAUGACAGAGGUGCUGCCCAACCAGAGGUACAACUCCCACCUGGUCCCUGAAGAUGGGACCCUCACCUGCAGUGAUCCUGGCAUCUAUGUCCUGCGGUUUGACAACACCUACAGCUUCAUUCAUGCCAAGAAGGUCAAUUUCACUGUGGAGGUCCUGCUUCCAGACAAAGCCUCAGAAGAGAAGAUGAAACAGCUGGGGGCAGGCACCCCGAAAUAACACCUUCUCCUACAGCAGGCCUGGCCCCCUCAGUGUCUCCCUGUCAAUUUCUACCCCUUGUAGCAGUCAUUUUCACACAACCCUGAAGCCCAAAGAAACUGGGCUGGAAGACAGACCUCAGGAGCUUUCAUUUCAGUUAGGCAGAGGAAGAGUGACUGGAGUGGGUCUCCUUGUCUCUCAAAUACCUAAGGAGUCCCCAGGAGCUGGCUGGCCAUCGUGAUAGGAUCUGUCUGUCCUGUAAAGUGUGCCAACUUCACCUGUCCAGGGACAGCGAAGCUGGGGGCGGGGGGGCAGGUACCACAGGGUGGCAGCAGGGAAAAAAAUUAGAAAAGGGUGAAAGAUUGGGACUUAACACUUCAGGUAAGUCAGCUGCUGGGGAGAAACUUGCUCCUCAAUGAACACGUAAGUUUAGAUCGCAAUGAGGAGUAGCAGGGUAGCUGGUUGCUAGAGUUACGGUGGGGAUCAGAAACUCUUCCAAACUUUUUAGCACUGAGGCUGGGGGUAGCUUUUGGCUUUUCCCAGGUCUCAGGAGGUGGCCUGAGUCAGCACACAUCUUCCCACUAGGGUAGACAGGCUGGCCUCUCCCUCACUUUGAGACUUUGGCAACUCCUGGGCCACACGGCCUGCCUCUUUGAUUACUAAUGAUUGUCAGUGACUCAGAGCUUCCUGGGACUUCGGGUACCCACCCGCUGUUCUCCAUGCAAACAAAGCGCAAGGGAAAUGACCCCCAGGGAUCGCAGCUGCAGGGAGGGCCAGGGAGGUUGGGGGUGGGAGUGAAUGCUAAAAGCAGAUCGUCCAGUGCCCUUUUCAGUGCUACCGGCCUCUCACCAAGCAGUCCUCCAUGUGAGCAACCCCGAGACAAAAAUGCUAAGUGGGAUCAAGAGAGCAGCACUCGGAGAGGGUGUUUGCCAGUCUGAGUGUCCCGCGGUGCCCGCCAACCCGCUUCCUGACUGACCUGAGCAAGGUCUUACUAAGCAGUCCCAUCUCUGUGGGAGGCAUGCAACGCGUGCAGGGAGUUCAGGUGCCGGUCGGCGUAGCCAGGCCUGGAGGUCCCCCAGGCAGGAGGCCGCCCAAAGGUGGGGCCGGCGUCUCGCAGACUAGGGGCUGGGCUGGGGGCGGCCACAGACGGCCUCGAAACCACAGCCCUUACCGCAAUCCCACGAGCCCCGCCAACGAACCACAGGUGCUGAGCUGCACAGAACAUGGGAAGGCGGCCCCAGACCUGGCGGGAACGUCUUUCCCUCAGAGCCAGGCCCCGGCCCCGCCUGGGAAGCUCAUCUUGCGAAGCUGAGGGAGCUCGGGGCAAAGGCCGGGCUAGCGGGGACCGGAAGGGGCCGAGGCUGCACGGGCCUCCGCCAGAACGCUCAGGACAUCCCGGCCUGGGUUUACAACGCUGUUAGGAAAAUUAACCAAUGAAUAAAGCAACGUUCAGUGCGCA